AUGCCCAAACACGAAGGCUCAAUGGCGGCUGAGCCAGCAGGACCGCCAAUCGAACUGCAGCCACAAGACCAUGUCAGGAGCGAUGACCUGGAAGAAGGUUCAGCACAACAUGCGAACACAACUUCCGCCAUACAGCCACUCGUAGUCCGCGACGUGACCGCAUUGAAGCCUGUCAGUGCAAUCCUGUGCUUCCUCAAUUGCGGCGUCAACGAUGGAUCACUCGGAGCAUUGAUCCCAUACAUCCUGAGGCACUACACAAUCUCCACCGCCUGGAUGGCGAUUCCAUACGGAGUAGCAGUUGUAGGCUGGCUGCUCGCUGCAAUGGUUGGAGGCUACAUCAGGAUUUCAAUCGGCACCGGUGGUAUCAUCGUCGCAGGAGCAUUACUCCAGCUUCUGGCACAGCUACUCAGAUUCUGGGAACCACCGUUUGGCCUAUUAUCGUUCACCUUCUUCGUCGUCGCCCUCGGCCAAGCGCUCCAGGAACCUCAAGCGAACACGUUCGUCACAUCGUUGAAGUCAACUCAUCGAUGGCUCGGGGUGAUUCAUGGCUGCUAUGCGGUGGGUGGACUUAUUGGACCUCUCAUUGCCUCCGCUAUUGCCUCGAAUAUGCAGGGUCAAUGGGCUGCGUUCUAUUAUGUCCCCACUGGUAUCGGUGUGGUCAACCUGGCGCUUUGCAGCUAUGCGUUUCGAGACGAGGUCGCCAUUCGCCGAUCACAUGGACCGUCAGCGAAUACUAGACGCAGCAGAACUGCUCUUGUGGAGCUGAAAGCUACCAUCAAGCAGAAGAACGUCUGGCUUCUUAGCAUCUUCUCCUUCCUUUAUCUCGGAGCCGCCAUUACAGCAGGUGGCUGGGUUGUCGAGUUCCUGGUCGAGGUCAGAGAAGGACGCCUAUCUCAAGUCGGGUACAUCGCCGCGGCUUUCAUGGGUGGAACGGCAGCUGAUCGCUUUCUUCUCGCAGAACCCGCCCAUCGGUUCGGUGAGAAGCGCAUGGGCAUCGUCUGUGCUGUGCUCAGCAUAGUAUUCCAAGUCAUCUUCUGGCAAGUGCCGAACAUUGUGGUCAAUGCUGUCGCUGUCAGCUUUCUGGGCUUCCUACUAGGACCAUUCUUCGCCACUGCAGUCUCUGUUGGCUCGAAGGUCAUACCACAGGAGCUGCAACAGUCUGGCCUAGCUUUCAUGUUCCUCGUGGCUCAAGCAGGCGGGGCUACCUUCCCAGCCAUCACUGGCAUCAUCUCCGCUCGAAAUGGAGUCGGGACCCUGCAGCCAGUACUCGUUGGUUUACUUGCUGCGAUGACAGUAGCUUGGCUGGUCGUGCCGAAUCCGAGAGGAAAAAGCUUGUUGUGA